AUGUCUUCUCAAAGUCUGCACUCGUAUAAAGAGACCAAUUCCCUCGAGACUCCCGUGGGCAAAAUCCACACUCUGGGCGACGGCAACGAAUUCGUCACUAUUGGCAAAAACCGCUUCUACCGCCACGAGUUGAUGCAAGCCUUUGGCGGCACCUUGAAUCCCGGUUUGACUCCUUAUCCAAAACACCAGUUUGCGAACCCCUCCCCCUUGGGGCUUUGCGGGUUCGCCUUGACCACUUUCUGUCUUUCCAUGUACAACGCCCAGGCCAUGGGCAUCGAGGUCCCUAACGUGGUUGUCGGAUUGGCAUGCUUUUACGGCGGUUUUGCCCAGUUCUGCGCAGGUAUCUGGGAAGGAUUCGUCGGGAACACCUUUGCCUUGUGCGCUCUUACCAGUUACGGUGCCUUCUGGUUGUCCUACGCUGCUAUUCAGGUCCCAGCUUUCGGUGUCGCUGCUGCCUACGAAGGCACGGAUCAAAUGCACCUGGCUGUGGGCUUCUUCUUAUUGGGCUGGUCUCUCUUCACAUUCAUGUUGUUCUUAUGCACCCUCAAGUCCACGCUUGCCUUCCUGUCGUUGUUCUUCAUGUUGACCAUCACCUUCAUUUUGUUAUGUAUUGGUGACUUCACUUCGAAAGUUGGUGUCACCCGUGCCGGCGGUGUCUGCGGUGUCAUUACUGCCUUCAUUGCCUUCUACAAUGCCUUUGGCGGUGUGGCCAACAAGCAAAACUCCUACUUUGGUGUCAAGGCGAUUCCCUUGACCAGAAGUUAG